CGAAAGACUUGCCUGCGAACGUGUCUGGGAAGCAUCUGAAGCAGAGGCCGCAAAGAGACUUAUUGUCCGUUAGAUUUUGAAACAGUUUGAGAGUGACUGCGCACAGUGGUGCAAAGUGCUAAUCCAAUUCGAUUUGUGACCGCGUGAAGUUCGCGUUCUGUGUGGAAGUUCGAAAUAAAUUAAACAGCUUCGUCUACGUUUCGACCGAGCACAAUGCAGGCCGUGCACACAAAUGCACAGAGGAGCCAAUGGCUAGUGCUGCUCUUCGCCAUGCUGCUGAAUGCGGCCGUUCAGCCACGCGAUUUCGCUGUGAAUGCCGCGGAGGAUAUUGGCAACGUGUCGCCCUGUGAGAUGGAGACCAUAAUAAAUCAACUGUUGAAUCCCAGCCCGGAGUAUCAGCUACACGCUUCCGCCUUGCGCAAUCAGCUUAAGAAUCUACUGCGUGAACGCGAGGAGCAGCAGCAACAGGGCGACUACGGCGACUACUUGGACGAGGACAAGCGUUCCGUGGCUGCUUUGGCCGCACAGGGACUGCUGAAUGCACCCAAGCGCAGUCUGGCCACGUUGGCCAAGAACGGACAGCUGCCGACGGCCGAGCCCGGCGACGACUAUGCCGAUGCCGAGUCUGGGGAGCCAAGCGAGCAGAAGCGGUACAUUGGCUCGCUUGCGCGUGCCGGCGGUCUGAUGAGCUUUGGCAAGCGCAAUGUGGGCACCCUGGCGCGUGACUUCCAGUUGCCCAACGGCAAACGCAACGUUGCCACCAUGGCCCGGCUGCAGAGCGCGCCCAGCACCCAUCGCGAGCAGCCCAAGCGGAAUGUCGCCGCCGUGGCACGCUACAAUUCGCAACAGCACCAGAAUCAGCGCAACAGCGGCGAGAAGCGCAACCUGGGCGCCUUGAAGUCAUCGCCAGUUCAUGGCGUGCAGCAGAAGCGCGAGGACGAGGAGAUGCUUCUGCCCGCCGUCGGCGCCGCCGCUCCGGACUAUGCCGACCCCAUGCAAAGCUAUUGGUGGUAUCCCAGCUAUGCUGGCUAUGCCGAUCUUGAUUGGAAUGACUAUCGACGCGCCGAGAAGCGCUUCCUUGACACUUCCAAGGAUCCCGAAUUGUUUGGCAUUGAGCAUGGCAAUGAAGCAACCGAUGCCGAUGCCAAUGUCGCUGCCCUUGCUGAGGAGCUGGAGGAGGAUCAACAGCAGCAGCAGCAGCAGCAGCAGGCAGCAUUGCAGGCAAUGCCACAGAAGCGUCACAUUGGCGCCGUCUAUCGUUCCGGUUUUCUGCCCAGCUACCGUUAUUUGCGUAGCCCCACCGGCAACACCGGCGGCGGCUUCGGCGGUGCGGGCGGUCGCUUUAGUCGCUCGGGACGUGCCAGGCAACUUGUCGAGUACUACCCCCAACACGAGCGACUGCGUCAACCAAUCGCAGCCGUUUGUAAACGUUGUUUCCUACCAAAUCGACCGAUGAUGAACUGGAGCGGUGCUGGCAUACGCGGUAGUCUGUCCAAAUUCUAUGUGGAUCCCAUCAUCGAAACGGCCAGAUCAUCGGCAGCAAACGCAGCACGCAUACGCAGCAUUUCCACCAAUUCGCUGCCGAGUGGCCCAAGCAAGAGCCGAAUCUACCCCUUCCAUUCGUGGGGCACACCGCCGCGUAUUACAGCAUUGCAACGGGGCGUCUAUCGACGCAACGGUGAGUCCAUGGACAAUUACGAAUACUAAACUCUAUAUAGAUAUCGCGACAAUAUAAUCCCAAAAUAACAAUAACAAUAACAAUAUCGUAUGCAGAAUU